AUGGCAGAUAGAUACGAGGCCCGCAUUAGUUCUGCGGGAGGAUUGAGAACAGCUGAUACAGAUUUCCUCGACAGUAAUGAUAAUUUUGACGAUUUAGAUGAUGACUUCUUAGAUAUCUACAACUUGAGUUGGAAGCAGCGGAUAAUCCAGCAAACCAAGCGGUCUAUCAGGAGUAUAAGGGAGAAAUACGAUGAAUUGAGUGCUGGGAAAAAGCUAUUGGUGGUUUUCCUGUGCGUUUUGGAAGCAAUUUUGCUCUUUAUAGUUGUUGUUAAGCGAGAAGCGAUAAUGCACUGGUUGGUGGAAGUUUCGAAUGACUUGAAGGAGAAAUGGUACACUGCGCCUUUGCUAAUGCUGUUGAUUAUUCUAGUGUCAUUCCCACCUGUUGUUGGAUAUACAUUUUUGUCUCUUUCGACCGGGUUAAUCUAUGGACUAUCGGUCAAGGGUUGGUUUAUACUGGCUUUUGCGACAGUAGUCGGCUCAGUAGCGGCAUUCACUGUGUUCAAGAAGGUUUUACGUUCGCAAGCUGAGAAGUUGAUUCGUAUGAACUCGAAGUUAGAAGCCGUAUCUUCGGUACUCCAGGAUAAUGAUAGUUAUUACAUUCUUGCAUUGAUCAGGCUCUGUCCGUUCCCAUAUUCAUUUACGAAUGGGGCAUUGGCAGGAAUUUACGGAAUUUCUAUCAGAAACUUUGCCAUUGCAAAUGUGGUUACGACUCCCAAGGCUCUCAUGUAUCUCUUUAUCGGGGAUAGGCUCAAGAGUAUGGGAGAAGCCAAUUCUGGGGCAGCUAGACUUCUGAAUUUCAUUUCGAUUGUUUUGGCAUGUGUGUUCUUGGUACUCACCACAUGGCUAUUAUACUAUAGGUUUAAGAAGAGGUACUUAGAGCUUCAGUCUGAACAGAGGGGCUCUUUUGAUAUCUUCUGA